UUUUAGCGCCAUGCUAUGCCAUUCACUCUAUCCCGAGGGAAUCUAUACUUUCUCAGUUUCUCGUUAAUGUAUUCGUUUCAUUAAUUAUUUGUAUCGGGCACUGGUUCUUUGACUUUCUUUUCGGUUGUGUAACCCGUAACCAUUACGGAGUCCUCAAAAACCAUGACGGACCCUAAUCCCAUUCCCACCGAAGUGGAACAUCUCAUGAACAUGCGAAAACUCCUGACCACAUUGGGCCCCGAUAACAGCUCCUCCGUAGCCGAGAACUUGAUCCGUUUAAACUGUUUCGACACUGCGGAGCGUGUUAGAGCCACGGUGGCACUGAUUGUGGACAAGGCACUGGACGAGCCACAACUCGCGGAAUCCUGCGCCCGACUGUGCUCCCAGUUCGCCGACGUGGAAGUGGCCGAUCCCCCAGGCGAACCGCUGCGCUUCCGGAAAGUGCUCGUGAAUCUGGUGCAGCAGGGUUGGGAAAAAACCGACACAGAAUACGGUGCUUUGGAAGCUAGCCUGCGCCGGGAAGAAGGGUCGGAAUUGUUGCGCAAGAAUGUAGAGAGCGCUCACAAUCGCUAUCUUUGCAUUAUUCGGUAAAACCCAAUAAUUACCGUAUCCUCCUUACUGGUUGUCGAUUGUUUUUCUUUGCUGUAAAUUUCUGGCACAGUUGCAUGUCAUUGGUUUGCUUGUGGAUCGUACGAUUAUCGGUGUAUUGCAACAGCUGCUCCCGGCGGGGGAUGCUUUCAAGGAUGUGGAGAACGUUAGCGAAAGGAGAAUCGAAAGGAGUGCGUGUGUUUAAUGUUGCACAUGUGUACUCCACACAUGAAGGAACAGGCAAAGUUGGAUGUUUUCUGCGAGCGCCUGGAGACGAUCAUCACGGCCAAGACGUCAUCGCAGGUUCGCUUGUUCCAGCAGAAGACUGCAGUUCUGAUGACCCCUAGCCGACUUCUCCAGCUUGCUGCACCCAAGAAGAAAGCAAAGAAGAAUAAAGUUAAAGCGGGGAAGGAGCCAACGGUGGCGGUUAACGAACCGACUGUCAAUGCGCCACCACCACAACCGGCCACUCGCGGCACCAGCGCUCCUGCAUCCAAAGCAAAAACGAAGAAGAAUACUGUGAAAUCUGGGAAGGAGCCAACGCCAGCGACUAUGAAGCCGCCACCUCUACA